AUGGACACCACAAAAAAGAAAUAUCAAGGCACUGCUAGAGUGAAGCGUACACAUCUUGAAGCCUUAAGAAGGAAUUUUGAGACCUUGCAGAUGAAGAAAGGAGAGUCUGUAAUAAGUUAUUGCGCUAGAACAAUGGAGAUUAGCAACAAAAUGCGAUUCCAUGAAGAGAAGAUGAACAAUAUCACAAUUGUUGAAAAGAUAUUACGCUCUUUGAUGCUGAAGUAUGAUUAUGUUGUUUGCUCCAUUGAGGAGUCCAAAGAUAUAGACGAGUUAUCGCUUGACGAAUUGCAAAGCUCUUUAUUGGUGGACGAGUAG